CGUGGCAAACCAACAAGGCAACAAGUAACCCGGGAAUCUGAACGAGGGUGAUCUGGUCAUUUCACAUCAAUCAGAAACCCCUUGAGUCCACCGUCUCCUCCGUCCCAAAACCCUCUCAUAUCAUCAAACCGCCAUUUUCCUCCGCCCUCUCUCGCCGGCAAUCUGAGCCGUCAGAUUCCUUUGAAAUCGCUACCCACUCUCACCGUCGCUGGAUUUCUAUCUCGAUUUCUUUCCAAUUGUACUUUUUAAUCAACAAAAACAAGUUUUUCAUUUCUCACCGGAAGUUAAACAACCAUGGGGAAGAACUCUCGACAGAAGUGGACUCAGAAGCAGAGCAAGCACCGCUCAAACGACGCCGCAUUAGACCACUCGGAUUCAGAAGAGGAGAUAGAAAUAGUUGACGAAGAAGUUAGCGAAGUAAAAACGAAAAGAAGCAGGAAUUGUAAAGAAGAGAGCUCGGUUAGGGUUUCUAAGGAUUCGAGCCCCGAUGAGAAGCGAAGACCGCGAGAGCGUGGCAAUGGCGUCGAAUAUUCGGCUGAAGUCGAGCACAUUGCUUCGAAGAGGAGAAGAGAUAGUGAGAGGAAGGUUGGGAAGGAGAAGGUUCCAGAAGUUCGUAGAAGAACGGAAGACACUGAGAUGCUUCUGAAACAUGAGGUGCGAAAUCCCGAGCUAAAGAAGGAGCUUGAGAAACAUAUUAGGAGGAGCAGGGAUGGCUCUGUUGAGAAGGGAAAAUAUAAAGAUUAUGUGAGAGAUGAUAAUGAAGAUUCAGCUGAGGUCGAGUACAUUGCUUCAAAGAGGAGAAAAGAUAUUAAGAGGAUUAGGAAGGAUGUGAAGGAGAAGGUUCCAGAGGUUGGACAAGGAAUGGAUGACAUGGAGAGGUAUUUGAAAGAUGAGGUGCGAAAUCCCGAGUUAAAGAAGGAGCUUGAGAAACAAAUUGGGAGGAACAGAGAUGGCUCUGUUGACAAGUCGAAAUAUAAAGAUUAUGUAAGAGAUGAUAAUGAUAGUUGGCGGUCUUCAACGGGCAAGCAUGCCAAGGAUAGAAGAUACAUGGAUGAUGAAAAUUAUAAAGACAAGUAUGGCGAAGAUGGUGACAGAAGUUAUAAGGUGAAGCACGGAGAAGAUGGUGACAGAAGUUAUAAGGUUAAGCAAGGAGAAGACGGCGACAGAAGUUAUAAGGUUGAGUAUGGAGAAGAUGGCGACAGAAGUUAUAGGGUUAAACAUGGAGAAGAUGCAGAGAGAAGUUAUAAGGAUAAGUAUGGAGAAGAUGGUGACAGAAUUUAUAAGGUCAAGUAUGGAGAAGAUGGUGACAGAAGUUAUAAGGAUAAGGAUGGAGAAGAUGUUGGCAGAAGUUAUAAGGUAAAACAUGAAGAAUAUGGUGACAGAAGUUAUAAGGAUAAGGAUGGAGAAGAUGCUGACAGAAGUUAUAAGGUAAAGCAUGGAGAAGAUGGUGGUGACAGAAGUUAUAAGGUAAAGCAUGGAGAAGAUGGUGGUCACAGAAGUUAUAAAGAUAAGUAUGGAGAAGAUGGUGACAGAAGUUAUAAGGUCAAGUAUGGAAAAGAUGGUGUCAGAAGUUGCAAGGAUGGAUAUGGAGAAGAUGCUGACAGAGAUAGGAGGCACAGGGAUAGCAAGUCUAAGGAAGAUGUUGAUUGGAAGAAAACACACUGGGAAGACAGGCACAAGGAUGAGCAUGCCUUAAUAGAUCACAAUGGUGACAGGUCAGGUACUAAGUACACUAGGGAUAAAAGUAAUGCUGGUGGAAUUCGAUAUAAGAAAUCAAGAUUUGAUAGUAGUAAUUAUGACGAUGGUCAAAACACUAGAUACAGUGAAGAUAGGGGAAAGAGAGAUGAUGAUAAAGAGGACCAAAUCUACAGUAGGUGCCUAAGUACCAGGGAACACGCUGAUGCAGAAAAGAAAAUUACAGGCAGAGGCAUGGUAAAGUCUGUCGAUGAUAAAGAAGAUUCUCACAAAUGCUGUGUUGAUGCAGACUUUAAUGCAAGUCAUAAAAGACAGAUGAGUUUCCCUAGCUCCUAUUCUCAUGUUGCGAAAGACGAAUGCAGGCACUCAAGGGAAGCAGAAUUGAUGUCUGGUGACUCUGAACCUCAAGAAAGGGUUAGGCAUAGUCUCCUUCAUUUUAAGGAGGUUGCAGAUGUUUAUGGAGUACUCAAACAGUCUUCUUUGUCUAAGCCUACCAAGAGACUGAUUGACAAGGAUGACAGCCAUUUAGGUGACUUAUCUGCUGAAAGGUGCUUGAAUCCUGAUGCCUGUGCUUCUGCUGUGCAUCUAGUUGAUGAUUCUAAGUUUACCACACUUGGUAUUAAGGGGAGUUUUGAUAGUAAAGAAUUUGGAAAGAGGAGUGGUGUUACCAAGGACAGAGACUCAUCUGGUACUGAAGGCGAAGGAAAUUUGCAGCCGCAUUCAGAGACACCUCCUACAGGUGAGUUAUCCCGGGAAGAUAUUGAUGGUUUCUCUUCUUUAUCUUCUGUCAAAGCUGAUCAAUUGCCUAGCAACUCAUGGUCCAAUUUUCCUCCACCUCGCCAUCGAUACAAGAGAAAUAAUAGUUCCAUUGUUGGACGAAUGUAUGGCAAUGCCAGGAACGGUGCUCCAGUUAAUGCCUGGGGCGCUGUUCCAAAUCGGCCUUCUUCAGUAAUGAACAGCUUCACUCAUUUCAGUCAUGGUCCUCCCCCUGUUGGUUUACAUCCAGUUAUGCAUCAGUUUUCUGCUUUGCCAAUGUAUCGUGUCGGACCUGUGAUGGAUAUACGCUCUUUAUUUCCCCAUCGUAUCCAUGAUGCUGACAGGUUCCUCAGGCAAGACCAUUCAUUUGGGUGGCAGAAUCCUAUUGAUGGCUCUCAGCCUCCUCCAUUGUUUGCGUGGGAUGAAAUUAACAGUGUUGCCCGGACUAAUUCUCUAGCAUAUGGGAGGCUUGACUGGAACCAUAAUAGAGAACCAAUUGAUGGCCAGCGGUCGGAAACAAGAACAGAUCUGUGGAAGGGCCCACAUGAUGGUGUGAAUCCAGAGUUGCCUUCUGUACUUCAGGCAAAGGAUCCUGCAGUACAUACACAAGAGGAUGAAAUUUGGUUCGGAGCAUCAAGUCUGCUAGUUCAAAAUGAAGAGAACCGGUGUGAUGAUCUUGUGGACAAGAGUCAGAAGAUUGAAAUUGGUCAAAACGGUGAUGCUUUAGCAAAGGAACCACCUAAACCAUCCAACAGUAUUGCUGAACAAUUACCUGAACUUUCAAAGAUAUCCAAGGAUGAUGAUGAUCGUCCUUGGCUUGUAUAUCUUUCUAAGCUUGAUAUUUCGGCAGAGCUUACUCAUCCAGAGUUAUAUAAUCAAUGCCUGAAACUAAUGGAUGCAGAACAGAGUCAAAAUGUUGAUGAAGAUUCUUUGAAGCUUCUCUAUCUGGAGGAGGUUGUAAAAACCCAAGCGGAGCUUUCCAAACUUAACUCGAGUGCUUCUCUUUUUGUUGCCAUAAACGAUUGUGUUUUUCAGAGAGCCAUGUCCUUUUACAAGCAGCAGAGGGCCAUACCUCUCCCCUCAUUAUUCAACAAACAGAAAGCAUCAUUUUGUAGUGCAAAGAACAUGGAUUUUGUUCCAAAUUGUGUCCUAGAGAAGCAAACAGAGCCAAUUUCAUCUUCCAAUGGGUCCAAACCAGAGCAGUUGCUUCCUACUUGUUCUGCCCCCUAUAAGAAAGUAUACGAGUCUGUUUCUGUUGUCGGUUUGGACGCUUCAAAUGGCUGUAUCAACGACAAUUGUCCUACUAUCGACCAUGCGUCGCAAUCUGCUCCUGGCUCACCUGGUCACCUGAGCAGAGCCGGUGACUCCGGAGGUGGUGAACAUUCUGCUGGUAGCGCGGAUGAUUGGAUGUUAGUUGAUACUAGGUGUGAUCAUAUACCAUUUUCAGAAGUGUCUGAUGAGGGUGUGAUGGGUCACUCAAUUGGGUCUGGGUCAGUGAAUGUAAGUCGGAUACAUGCUGCUUUUGAAAGUACACAUUGAAACAAUUUCUACGUUGUUUGUUUCCGAUCAAAAUUAUGCCUUCUCUUUAUCU